CGGGGGACGUGGGGCGCCGCGGGAGGAGGCGGCGGCAUGGGGGCAGGCGCUGGCGUCGCGCGAGCCCGGGCCGGAGCGGCGCGCUAGAGCCCUGACGUGCGCCCUUUUCUUUCUUCUCCCGGCCGCGGAAAGCAUGAGCGUGCAGACCCGCCGCUGCGGCGGCCGCCCCGGCUCCUCGCCCGCGCGUCCCCUGGCCGCCGGUCGCCGGUGAGGGCCGCGAGCGCGCGCGGUGGGGGGGAAGAUGGGGGCCGUGCUGAGGAGCCUCCUGGCCUGCAGCUUCUGCGUGCUGCUGAGAGCGGCCCCUUUGUUGCUUUAUGCAAACAGACGGGACUUGAGAUUGGUUGAUGCUACAAAUGGCAAAGAGAAUGCGACGAUUGUAGUUGGAGGCUUGGAGGAUGCAGCUGCGGUGGACUUUGUGUUUGGUCAUGGCUUGAUAUACUGGAGUGACGUCAGCGAAGAAGCCAUUAAACGAACAGAAUUUAACAAAACUGAGAGUGUACAGAAUGUCGUUGUUUCUGGAUUAUUGUCCCCGGAUGGGCUGGCAUGUGAUUGGCUUGGAGAAAAAUUGUACUGGACAGAUUCUGAAACUAAUCGUAUUGAAGUUUCUAAUUUAGAUGGAUCUUUACGAAAAGUUUUAUUUUGGCAAGAGUUGGAUCAACCCAGAGCUAUUGCCUUAGAUCCAUCAAGUGGGUUCAUGUACUGGACAGACUGGGGAGAAGUGCCAAAGAUAGAACGUGCUGGAAUGGAUGGUUCAAGUCGCUUUGUUAUAAUAAACACUGAGAUUUACUGGCCAAAUGGACUGACUCUGGAUUAUGAGGAGCGGAAGCUUUAUUGGGCAGAUGCAAAACUUAAUUUCAUCCAUAAAUCAAACCUGGACGGAACAAAUCGACAGGCAGUGGUUAAAGGUUCCCUUCCUCAUCCUUUUGCCUUGACGUUAUUUGAGGACACAUUGUACUGGACUGACUGGAAUACACACUCUAUUUUGGCUUGCAACAAGUAUACUGGCGAGGGUCUGCGUGAAAUUCAUUCUAACAUCUUCUCUCCCAUGGAUAUACAUGCUUUCAGCCAACAGAGGCAGCCAAAUGCUACAAAUCCAUGUGGAAUUGAUAAUGGUGGUUGUUCCCAUUUGUGUUUGAUGUCUCCAGUCAAGCCUUUUUAUCAGUGUGCUUGUCCAACUGGGGUCAAGCUUCUGGAGAAUGGAAAAACCUGCAAAGAUGGUGCCACUGAACUAUUGCUGUUAGCCCGACGGACAGACUUGAGGCGCAUCUCUUUGGAUACACCAGAUUUCACCGACAUUGUCCUGCAGUUAGAAGACAUCCGACAUGCCAUUGCCAUAGACUACGACCCUGUGGAAGGCUACGUCUACUGGACGGACGAUGAAGUACGGGCCAUCCGUCGCUCCUUCAUCGAUGGAUCUGGCAGUCAGUUUGUGGUCACGGCCCAGAUUGCCCAUCCUGAUGGUAUUGCUGUUGACUGGGUGGCAAGAAACCUGUACUGGACAGACACUGGCACUGACCGGAUAGAAGUGACAAGGCUCAAUGGGACCAUGAGGAAGAUCCUGAUUUCAGAGGACUUAGAGGAGCCCCGGGCUAUUGUGUUAGAUCCCAUGGCUGGGUACAUGUACUGGACAGACUGGGGAGAAAUCCCAAAGAUCGAGCGAGCUGCUCUGGACGGAUCUGACCGAGUAGUUCUUGUUAACACUUCCCUUGGUUGGCCAAAUGGCUUAGCCCUGGAUUAUGAUGAAGGCACAAUAUACUGGGGAGAUGCCAAAACAGACAAAAUUGAGGUUAUGAAUACCGACGGCACUGGGAGACGAGUGCUGGUGGAAGACAAAAUCCCUCACAUAUUUGGGUUUACCUUGCUGGGUGACUAUGUCUACUGGACUGACUGGCAGAGGCGGAGCAUCGAGAGAGUGCACAAGCGGAGUGCAGAGAGGGAGGUCAUAAUAGACCAGCUGCCAGACCUCAUGGGACUGAAGGCCACCAGCGUUCACAGAGUCAUUGGUUCUAACCCCUGUGCUGAGGAGAAUGGAGGAUGUAGCCAUCUUUGCCUGUACAGGCCUCAGGGCCUUCGAUGUGCCUGUCCCAUUGGCUUUGAGCUCAUUAGUGACAUGAAGACAUGCAUUGUUCCUGAGGCUUUCCUUCUGUUCUCACGGAGAGCAGACAUAAGGCGCAUCUCUUUGGAAACAAACAACAAUAAUGUGGCCAUUCCUCUCACUGGUGUCAAAGAAGCUUCUGCUUUGGAUUUUGAUGUCACAGACAACAGAAUUUACUGGACCGAUAUAUCCCUGAAGACUAUUAGCAGAGCUUUUAUGAAUGGCAGUGCACUGGAACAUGUGGUAGAGUUCGGCUUAGAUUACCCAGAAGGCAUGGCAGUGGACUGGCUUGGGAAGAACUUAUACUGGGCAGACACAGGAACAAAUCGCAUUGAGGUGUCAAAGUUGGAUGGACAGCACCGACAGGUUUUGGUAUGGAAAGACCUUGACAGUCCCCGAGCUCUGGCAUUGGAUCCUGCUGAAGGGUUUAUGUAUUGGACUGAGUGGGGAGGGAAGCCUAAGAUUGACAGAGCGGCUAUGGAUGGAAGUGAACGCACUACAUUAGUUCCAAAUGUGGGUCGAGCAAAUGGCCUUACCAUCGACUAUGCUAAGAGGCGGCUUUACUGGACAGACCUGGACACUAACUUAAUAGAAUCUUCAAAUAUGCUCGGACUCAACCGUGAAGUUAUAGCAGAUGACUUGCCUCAUCCUUUUGGCUUAACUCAGUACCAAGAUUACAUCUACUGGACAGACUGGAGCCGACGCAGCAUUGAACGUGCCAACAAAACCAGUGGCCAAAACCGCACCAUCAUCCAGGGCCAUUUGGAUUAUGUGAUGGACAUCCUAGUCUUUCACUCUUCCCGGCAGGCAGGGUGGAAUGAAUGUGCCUCCAGCAACGGGCACUGCUCCCACCUCUGCUUGGCUGUGCCUGUUGGAGGUUUUGUGUGUGGAUGCCCUGCCCACUACUCCCUGAAUGCUGACAACAGGACCUGUAGUGCUCCUACCACCUUCCUGCUCUUCAGUCAGAAGAGCGCCAUCAACCGCAUGGUGAUUGAUGAACAACAGAGUCCUGACAUCAUCCUUCCUAUCCACAGCCUUCGGAACGUCCGGGCCAUUGAUUAUGACCCUUUGGACAAGCAGCUCUACUGGAUUGACUCUCGACAAAACAUGAUACGAAAGGCACAAGAAGAUGGUGGCCAGGGUUUUACUGUAGUUGUAAGCUCGGUUCCAAAUCAGAACCUUGAAAUACAGCCCUAUGAUCUCAGCAUUGAUAUUUAUAGCCGUUACAUCUAUUGGACCUGUGAAGCUACCAAUGUCAUUGAUGUGACGAGAUUAGAUGGUCGAUCGGUUGGAGUGGUCCUAAAAGGCGAGCAAGACAGACCUCGAGCCAUUGUGGUAAACCCCGAGAAAGGGUAUAUGUAUUUUACCAAUCUUCAGGAAAGAUCUCCCAAAAUUGAACGGGCUGCCUUGGAUGGAACAGAACGGGAGGUUCUCUUUUUCAGUGGCCUGAGUAAGCCCGUCGCUUUGGCUCUCGACAGCAAGCUGAGCAGGCUCUUCUGGGCUGACUCUGACCUCCGGCGAAUUGAGAGCAGCGACCUCUCAGGUGCCAACAGGAUCGUGCUAGAGGACUCUAAUAUAUUGCAGCCUGUGGGUCUGACUGUGUUUGAGAACUGGCUCUACUGGAUUGAUAAGCAGCAACAGAUGAUUGAAAAAAUUGACAUGACUGGUCGCGAAGGCAGAACCAAGGUCCAGGCUCGGAUUGCUCAGCUCAGUGACAUCCAUGCAGUGAAGGAACUGAACCUUCAGGAAUACAGACAGCACCCGUGUGCCCAGGAUAAUGGUGGCUGUUCACAUAUUUGCCUUGUAAAAGGAGAUGGUACCACAAGAUGCUCCUGUCCCAUGCACUUAGUUCUGCUUCAGGAUGAGCUGUCCUGUGGAGAGCCUCCAACAUGUUCUCCUCAGCAGUUUACGUGUUUCACUGGGGACAUUGACUGCAUCCCUGUGGCCUGGCGGUGUGAUGGGUUUACUGAGUGUGAAGACCACAGCGAUGAGCUCAACUGUCCUGUGUGCUCGGAGUCUCAGUUCCAGUGUGCCAGCGGGCAGUGCAUUGACGGCGCCCUUCGAUGCAAUGGUGAUGCGAACUGCCAGGAUAAAUCGGAUGAGAAGAACUGUGAAGUGCUUUGUCUAAUUGAUCAGUUCCGCUGUGCCAAUGGUCAGUGCGUUGGAAAGCACAAGAAAUGUGACCACAAUGUGGACUGCAGUGACAGAUCUGAUGAACUGGACUGCUAUCCAACUGAGGAGCCAGCACCACAGGCCACCAACACAGUUGGUUCCGUUAUCGGAGUAAUUGUCACCAUUUUUGUGUCUGGAACCAUAUACUUUAUCUGCCAAAGGAUGCUGUGUCCUCGUAUGAAGGGGGAUGGGGAAACCAUGACUAAUGACUACGUGGUUCACGGCCCAGCUUCUGUGCCCCUUGGUUAUGUUCCUCACCCAAGCUCUCUGUCUGGAUCUCUCCCAGGGAUGUCUCGAGGCAAAUCAAUGAUCAGUUCUCUCAGUAUCAUGGGGGGGAGCAGUGGGCCCCCCUACGAUCGAGCACACGUCACGGGAGCGUCCUCAAGCAGCUCUUCCAGUACCAAAGGCACUUACUUCCCUGCAAUUUUGAACCCACCACCAUCGCCUGCCACAGAGCGAUCCCAUUAUACCAUGGAGUUUGGUUAUUCUUCCAACAGUCCUUCCACACAUAGGUCCUACAGCUACAGGCCGUACAGCUACCGGCACUUUGCACCGCCCACUACACCCUGCAGCACUGAUGUCUGUGACAGUGACUAUGCUCCUAGCCGGAGAAUGACCUCAGUGGCAACAGCCAAGGGCUACACCAGUGACUUGAACUAUGACUCAGAACCUGUGCCCCCACCACCCACACCCCGAAGCCAGUACUUGUCGGCGGAGGAGAACUAUGAAAGCUGCCCCCCUUCUCCAUACACUGAGAGGAGUUACUCCCAUCACCUCUACCCACCACCACCUUCCCCCUGCACGGACUCCUCCUGAGGAGGGCCCCUCCUCCUCUGACUGCCUCCACCGGGACAUGUAAAUACACAUCUGGUUGAGAUCUGGAGGGGGGGAGGGAGCUACAGAAAAGAGUGAGGCAGACCUGUACAGUUAACAUAAAGUGGGUGGGGUACCUGAGAUAUUUGUACAGAAGAAAAGGAUAUUUAUAUAUUUUCUUAAAACAGCAGAUUUGCUGCUUGUGCCAUAAAAGUUUGUAUAAAAAAUAAAUUUGUACUAAAAGUUUUAUUUUUACAAACUAAAUACACAGAGCAUGCCUUAAGCCCAGUGAAGAAACUGAGUACAAAGGAAGCAGGAAAGUAAAGGCAUCAUUCACCAGGAAUGUCUGGGCUUUAAUGAUACCAAAAAAUAAAAAGGAGAAAGUAAUUCCAUCUCCGAGUGGCAAACUUGGAAGGAGCCAAAUUGCCUUCAGGGUAGCUAACAUUUGAGGGCCCCGAAAGAAAAAAGAACGGUACCAACUUUGGACAAAGGGCUUUGUUUUCUCCAACAGUUUUCACGAGGAAAGUAGAUGUUUGUGAGAUCCAUUUUGAGUGUUGCUGUCGUAGGAGCUGAAGUGUCUCUUGCAGGACGCCGCAGAGCUGCUGAGCUCUCACGCCUGGCACAGUUCACGCUAACACCAGCCGCUUUCACGGUCUGCCUCCCCAGCACCUUGGAGACCCGUUUUGCUAAGAGCCAUGAUUUAUUUAAGCUUUUUAAUGUGAGGAAUUGAGUAAAUGGAAUUUCCUAAACUCGAGAUUGGACUCAGUGUUCCUACUACGUUUGUUCAGCGUUUGGCUGAGCGUCUAAGUGGUCGGCUGUUUUUGCAUAAUCAAAAGUUAGCCAUAUUAUUGGUCUUCCAUGAUUGUUUUAAUGCUCAUUACAGUGUCUUUACAACAUAUAAAAAUGCUUAAAAACCACAAAUCUAAUUGUUAUAUUCUUGUACUUUAGUUUUGUAUCCUUGCAGCGUCCAAUAUCACAGUGAAACAUUUCAAUAUGCUCUGGCUAGAAACAGUCUGUUUAAAAGAAAGUUUUGUUGUUAGUCGGCUCCCUCUGUAUGAACUGUUUGUGACGCUUUCACUUUCUGCGGACCAGCUUUGCUCAGAGAGACGUCUGCAGUGACCUCUGCUCGUGUGGUGUGAGAUACCUUUCUUGUUAUGUGUGUACUGUGAAUGUGUGUGUGUUCACAUCACCCAGUCUGUCCUUCCAGUCUCCUCUGUGUGUCUUUGUGUGUUCUUUCCUGUCCCGUUAUGGAGUCAGACAAUAUCACAGACUUAACGGUGGGGAUGAAUGGAAGACACGUGAACUUGUCAGCUGCAGAACUUGAGCAGUGGAGACAAUGGAAGCCUCUCCUGUCACCUGCCUGACCUACUGUCAUGCAUCAGGCUGCUGCUAUGUCCUUCACUGUCGGGCUGGCCUGUGGGAUGACCCUGUCAGAUGUUAGUGUCCUGCUUUCACACGUGUCUAGCACUCCCCUCCUAAAGCUGAACUGUUUAAGCUAGGAUUAUUAAUUAUUGAAUAUAUUUUAAUUGUUGUUGAUGUGAGGCCUCUCUGAAUUUCAGAGCCUAAGGGGAAAUGAUGAAAGGAAUGAUUCCAGAAUUUUGGCAAAAUUUAAGUGACCUAAAAAAAAAAAACACCUAAGUAUAUUUUUAAAGAGAAAAGCAGUCCCUUCAGAAUAAUGCCUGGAUUGUUGGGGAGAGCUUAGUGAGAAUCAGGGCCUUUACCUUGAGUGUGAAUAAAUGGCAAUUCCUCCGUGUCUCGCAUGUCAGUACACAGGCAUUAACUCUCCGUUACUGAGAUGAAGUGCAGAGUUUCAGACUGGGCACUGAACUUGCCUACUGUGACACACAGGCCACUCGAUGUUUAAGUGACAGUGGGAGGGUAGCAGUCCUGGGUGUCAGUCAGAAUUGGAGAAUUCUGUGUUUACACUUUCAUUGUGCGUCUUUCUUUACCGGGUGGACUUCCCAUGCAGAGACUUGCCCCACCGUGGGCUGGGUCUCGGCUCAGUCCAAGUGCUUGUGCUGGGAUGGCGAUGGCCAGCCUCUUCUUGCAAAACGCUGACAUGUGUGCCAAUUUGUCGAACGAUGUGAAGGCAGUUCAGGUUAGCCUCGGCAUCCUCUUUCUGGGUCAGCUCGGCUAUAGUGGAGAUUUCUGAGAGUACCUUUUAGUGAGGGCCCUUAAAUUUGGGAAAGUUCCGUGGACAGUUAAGUUUAUUCUUGAACAUAAAAUAAGGAGGAGAAAUGAACUUAUGAGAACACAAUUGAAGAAAAGGGAAAGAAAGGUUUAAGUUAAGUUGCAUCUAGAUUCGAGGAAACAUGAAUAAAAUUUGAUUAGAUUCCGUAGUUACAUGGGUAUUUAUUUUGAAUGCACAUGUUAACUAUGCCUGCUUACUGAUUGAGCAUGUAUGAGCCGAGCUUUCGUGUAGCUUCUGUACACUGCAGUAAAUCUUUCUGCAUUGCAGUCUUUUAUAACUAAGACUCAGACUUCACUCAUUUGGAGCCCGAGUCUUCUAACCAAAACCCAAGAGCUCUUGCUUAGGUCAGAUAAAUGACAGAGGAAGGUGAGGUUUAGUCUAGAGUUGGCUAGAAUGUUAGCAUUUUUCCUCUGUUUUUAAAUUUUACAAUCCUUUUCGAAAUGCAUACUAAGUUGUACAAAUAGGUAACAGGUUUUUUUGGGGGGUAUCAUUUUGUCUUGUCGUAAAGGCCCAUCAAUGAACAGAUUGAGUUCAUAGCUGUUAAUUACCUCACCAGUUAAUUGAGAUGUGUCUAGUGAUCAAGAAGGGAAGCCUGCUUCUCUGCAGGGCUCAGAAACAAAGGUCGUGUUGUGCUCAGCCCCAGUUUGUACUGCUUUAGUGACUGCCAUGCUUACUGCGGCCCUUCUGACGUCAUGGAAACGAUUGCACACUGACUUCACACUCAGAGUUAGAUAGGAGCUCGGUUAUCAUCUGGUUGGCGGUCUUUAAGGAUUCACAGAUGACAGCCAUGCACAAGUGUGGGUGUAGACUAAGCCCUAAACAAGUUUAUCAUCACGCAUUAGUUAAGAUGUCAGAGCCCCUUUUAAUUUCCUGGGGUUUCCUUAUCCCAUGCCUAAAACAAGCCACGCCCAGAGGUGUGUGCUUUUACGGCCUCUGGAAGACAUUGCUUUGUAAUAGUGGCAAGAUUAGAUCUAAUAUUGUGCCUCGUGGAUCCUUACUGUCCCUGUCUUUCGCCAACUGAACAGCUAACACCUGAGUAGGGGAAGCAGGCUCUUGGGUUUACUUUAAUGACUUAGGGGUCAAGUUUUCGGCUCUGCGCUCACCUCCUUCAGGGAGGGAAACUCAUUUUUAACAUUUUCACAAGGCAUUUAAAAAGCAUUCCUGAUUUUAUUCCUAGAGAAUUCUUAGAAUUACAGAUUGAUUUCCUGUACUCAGAAGCAGAAUAGGAUCCAACUCACUAAUCAUUGGGUCUCUCCACCAUCACUUAGAGUCACAAGACAGCCCUUCUGCUUAACUGUCCACUUGGGACUUUCUCUGUCUUUUUCCAUCAAACAAAGGGGAGUUGAGGAGUGGUAAAGCCAUACAUCCAUGUGGAUGUGUGUCUGUAUCGAUGCCUGAAUACGAGGAUUAGAGGAGAGAGAAGCAAGGAGUCUGCUUGGGUCAGUCUGCUGAGAGGUGGCUGGAGAAAGGAUACGGGAGGCUGAGCCUGCGGCCUUGUUGCAGGUGAAGGAUCUGGUGCAGCUUUCGGAUGCUUGUCCUUUGUGAGUCUAAACUUUUCCUUAAGCUUUAAUCUUUAUCAUUGUCUUAAAGUCAGCUGGUGUCUCUUGUACAUCGACUUUGGUACGGUGGUGCUUUGCAAGGAUGUAUUUAUAUUAUAAUGACCAACAUUUGGUCAGCCCUUGUCCACUUAUUCACUUUCCCCUUUUUGUAAAAUAAGUGCUUUAAUUAUAAACUGUAUAAAUACCUUGUAUAAACCCCCUUUUGAUUAUUACAAAAAGCUGAAUUGUAACAAAUGAAAUGUUGAUUUUUAUAAUAAAACAUUGGAAAAAUCAGUGGAAAAAA